AUGCAGCAACAAAAUUCUUUCGGGGCUGCAGAACUGACAAAAUUGGAGUUCAACAGAAAUGGAUAUAGGAUGAUAAUCAAGCAGCAGCCGAGUGAGGGUCAAGUACUGGCUCCUCAAAAACAUGCUAGUGCCAGGAAGCCGCAGACCGAAAGACGCUGCCUUGAUCCUCCUGUAGUGAUCGAAUUUCUGGUCAUCGACAAUGAUCCGUCCAGGUCCUGGCUCCAUAGUCCACACUAUUUCUGCUUGGUCCAGCUGGUCAGACUUGACGGCAAGCCAAGCAAAUCCAACCUGCUUAUUGGCACGUUGACAUCUUCGCUUCACGUGGUGAAAUUGAAUGAUGGAAAAAGCCAUGGCUACUUCGUGUUUAGCGAUCUUUUUCCAACCUGCGAAGGCAAAUUCUGUCUGCAAUUCACGCUGUUCGAGAUGCGUUCCGGUCCCGAUGCCAUGUUCGCGGAAAUGCUCAACUCCAUCUCUGGUUCGGUCUUCGAAGUCCAUGCAUGCAAAAAGUUUUCCCCUCUCCCACAGUCCACCGAUUUGACGAGAGCAUUGAGUGAUGGUGGUGUGAAGAUCAGGGUUCGAAAAGAGCCAGUGCGUCGAAUGCAAAGAAACAGAGCCAACUGGGGCUUCCAAGGAUAUCUAGAUGGUUAUCGCCAAGCUGUACCAGCCUCCGUGUAUGGUCAACCCCAACCGUAUCCGCAUCAUGGCCUGGAGCAUUGGGGUCAGCAAGGGAAUUUUGCAUAUAACACGAACAAUGCGAUUGAUAUCAGGGAACGCUUAAGUGUUCAACAUCAUGGUAUGGCACCAACAUGGCAGGGUGGCGGCCACCAAAGCGCAACACUGCCCCUACCCUCUUCCAUGCCAGCUCAACCACUGCAUCGAUAUCAACAUGGAGUUUUCUUGCAUGACAUGCAACAGCCGCCUGUAAGCCAAUCACUUCCACCUUUAACGCCAUUGUUGUUGAAUGAGACACAACAAAUGCUCAUGCCCCCACCGCCGCCACCACUGCAGCCUCAGCACCGUCAGCAGCAGCAGCAGCCGUCGUUUGCAUCAUUCCCGCAAAUCCUGCCACAACAUUUCAACCCUCUUCCACCGGCAAGUUAUAAUGUGAGAGAUGAUGCUGAGGUCCAGUUGGAGUAUCCAACUACUUCAGAAAACCAAACCUUUGAUACCACCACCUCGGCCGAUACAAUGCCAUGUUUCACCGCGGCUGAUGAUCAGAUUGCUUAUCCAACCUCUUCAGAAGCGCAGUUGAUUUAUUCAACGACACUUGAGGACCACAUGGUACCGACAUCGUCGCCAGGGACCGACUCGACAUAUGUUACAUCCACGAGCAGUGUGGACCAACAACAAUAUCAGCAAAGUGCUCUGCAUGGUCCAGGAACAUAUCAUGUCCAGGGCCCCGGGAACUUGCAGAAUACGUAUGAUCCAAACUCUUCAAUUGAAGAAUUGCUCUAG